CCGGAUAAGGAAGAUGGCCGCCAUCAGUCGCCAUCAUGGUAUAGCAGAGUGCUUCGUUUUAUCACAAGAAGAAUUUUGAUUUAGCACUAUAGUAAUGUAUUUAAUAGCGUGUAAAAAUAUUAGAUAAAGUGUGUAAUUUGUUUACAAUAUUAUUAUUAAAAAAAUAGUUAUAAAGGAUCGAGAUAUUGGAGAUAUUUGGAAUAUAAUAGGGAAAAGGGUAUACACAAUAAGGUAUGCCUGCUGUGAGCGUAUGUGAUCCGGUAGCGGCUGCACUCCGACACUCAUUGGAGGUCGGUCAAUCAAAGUCCUCCACUGAGGAUAUUACUAUCUCAUUAACUAGCGGUGCGUCAAGAAUUUUACAAAGUGAAGUUCAAUAUGAAGAAACAGAUGGUUACAAAUCAAUAGUUUUAGACCAACUUAAAGCCAAGUACAUUGUAUUAAAUCUCCCAAAUUCAAACAUUAAUAAUCAUCAGUCGGAUAAUAAUACAGGAUCUAAUACAGCUCGUAAGAAAAACGAACAAAUUAAUAAAAUGACAAGGCCUUCCUUGCCAGAGCCAAAAACUACGCUCUAUCAACCGGAAAAAGUUACCCUAGGUUGGGAUAAAUCAUUUCCUGUUGGUUCCGGGUUGAUAAAUGUUGGAAACACGUGUUAUUUGAACAGCACACUUCAAGCACUUUUUCACGUACCUGCUCUUGUUAAUUGGCUACUUACUGACACUCAUCACAAUUCUAAGUGUGAACAAAAUGCAGGCGGGGGAGAGUGUCUUACAUGUGCAAUGGCAAAAACUCUUCAAUUUAGUCAUGAAAAAUCCGGCAAUGCUAUUAAACCAUUUUAUAUUUAUAAUAAAUUAAAAUUAAUUUGUCGGACUAUGGUCCCAGGACAACAAGAAGAUGCUCAUGAAUUUUUACGUUACUUACUCGAAGGAAUGGAGCGUGCAUAUUUGCAGCGUCACAAAGCGACAAAAUUAGAUAGUUAUUCAAAAGAAACGACCCCGAUAAAUCAAAUUUUCGGUGGUUACAUUCGUACUGAAGUAAAGUGUCUUAAAUGCCAGCAUGUUUCAACAACUUUCCAACAUUUUCAAGACUUAUUGGUAGACAUCCGCAAAGCUAACACGCUAGACGAGGCACUGUCUAGUUACUUUAGCCGCGAGGAGCUGGACAACAAUGACUACAAAUGCGAAGCAUGUAAAAAACGAGUACCAGCUACAAAACAAUUUAGCUUGGAGCAACCACCAAAAGUACUCUGUGUUCAAUUGAAGCGUUUUAGCGUUCUCGGUAAUAAAAUAUCACGUCACAUAGGUUUCAAACAGACUGUAAAUAUGGGACCUUAUUUGUGGCGCGAACCUGGAGAGCCUCCACGGAAGCUUAAUUACAAAUUAAUGUCGAUUAUAACCCACAUGGGACCAUCUGUUGGAUGUGGACAUUACACUGCUGUUGCACAAGUAUCGUCUGGUCAAUAUUAUUCCUUUGACGAUUCGUGCGUUCGUUCGAUAAAUAUUUCAAAUGUUUUUAAUACCAAUGCUUAUAUUAUGAUUUUUGAAAUGGAAAGUCCGGCUAUUAAUAAUCAACUGCCACAGAAUGUUAAGUCCAAUGGACUGUCUAAUUUAGCGACAUUUUCAAACAGUUGCUCUUUAAAAUCUUCAAGUCCUAAGCCAUCAACUUCCGGGCUUGCUGCUUCUGCUAAUGGAGUUAUUAAAUCAAAUGGUUCUUGUAAUAAAAUAAUUAGAGACUCUGACGCUUCACCUUCUCCAUCUUCGUCUUUUUCAUCCGCAAUUAUUGGACCGCAAUUACCGCCAUCAAAAUUACUUGAACAAAAAUCCACCUCUCAGAAAAAUUCUAAUUUUAUUGGACCAUUACUGCCAAAAAUUUCAGCUGAAAAAAAUCAGCCGAGACUUGUAAUGCAAAUUAAAAAUGGAAAAGUUGCUAAUGGUAAUAAUAAUGGCAAUAGUUUGGUACCGUAUGAUGGCUCUAGUGAUGAAGAAGAUAAUUCCAAAAAUAAUAAUUGUAAUCCAAAUACUUCCACUAAAUCUUCAACCAGUGUCUCUAAUGGUGUAACAAAGUCGGAUAAUAAAAUACCCACAGCUAUAAAAACAGAUUUCAAGACACUUAAAACUGUUAAUACGAUUCCGCAAAAAUCUUUACCAAUUCCUAGUCUUACAUCUAAUGGAUCCGCAAGCAAUAACAAUAGUUUAAAUAAUAAUAGUAAUGGCAACAAUAAUACCAAUAAUAAUGCUAAUAAUAAUAAUAAUAAUAAUAGUAAUAAUUCUGCUGGUCAGAGAUAUCAAAAUGGUAAAAUUGAGAAUAAUAAUGGUAAAUUAUCGGAAACUAAUGGGAAAGAUAAAUGCCAUCAACCAAUUCGAAUUAAAGUCAAUAGUAAUUUAGAAGAUAAAAUUCCUACUAAAGCUGCGAGUAGUAUUAGCGGUUGGGAAGUUUCCAAAGAUGCCCCUUCUCCGACUUCGGGAGCUACACCCAAUGGUUGGUCUGUCACUGAUAAUAACAAGGAAGAGAAUAAAAAAUCAAAUCACACAUCCAACAACAAUUCAACACCCAGUGCAGCAGCACCACGAAAUUUCAACGGAACUAAUCGUUCCGACACAGUAUCGCAUCUUUAUAAGAUGUCACAUCGUGGUUACGGAUCCAGUUCAGUUACAACCUGGAACGGCUCCAGAACACAGAUGGAUCGUGAAAUAGACAACGAACGACGUGAAGAACGUAAGCGUCAUUUCAACGCUGACGAUGAAGAAAUGGACAGAGGAAGAACGAAAAAAGUAAAAAGUCAUCGAGAAUACGAGAGCCGCUCGAAUCCGGGAUACAAUCCUUUCCAAGAGUAUCACAAUGGAAAAUCCUGGAACCGAUCUAACGGCGGCGGAAAUUAUCGACGAUACUAUAAUAAUAAUAAUAAUAAUAAUUCGAGUUAUAAUCGACAGGGUCACGGAAAUUACCGACAUAGAUAUCAUAAUAAUCAUCGUGAUCACUAUCAUCGUAGGUAGAAUGCAAUAGGAUUUAAUUUAAUGAAAUAUUAAUUUAACAUUAUUAUUAUCAUCAUUAUUAUUAUUAUUAAUAACUAUUAAAUAGCCAGUGAGGUUUAAGCGA